CAUUGGGAUUGGCUCUAAAUAGUGAGAUUACCACUUGAUAACAUUUAUCAUAUUGGCAGGAGUCUCAUAUUAAAGCAACACACAAAAAUCAAUAUCACCUGAGCAGUGAAUCUCUUCGCGGCAAACAUUCUCUCUCUCUGCAGUAUUCCGUCACCUGUGCCAUCCAAGGUUCAGCGUAGAAUACCAGGAAGAUAUUACACACGUGUGACCGGCCAGGGUGAUAUCAGAGCCGAUGUCUUCUAUGCAACAGAUUGCCGCCAUGAAAGGUACGCUGGUCCCCGUGCUCUCGGAACGCUCAUUAGAGUGCAAGCUCUUGGCCACCCUGGGAUGCCUCCUGGCUGUGUCGGUGUACGGCCUGAGAUGGAGGAAGAGACGCCGUAUCCUCAGGAGGAUGGAGGAAGAGAGGGAGAGGAGGGAGGACAGUGUGCGCCUCAUGCAGGAGGCUCUGCGCAGAUUUCUCCAGCAGAGCCCCGGCCUGGAUCACAGGAGGAUUCUGGGUCUGACGUUGGUGGAGUUGGCUGAAGAACUGAAAGAUGGCGCUCUGUCUCCGGAGACGGCGCUCUACGUCUACGUCAAGAAGGCUCUUGAAGUUCACAAGAGUUUGAACUGUGUGACUGUUUUCCUGUCCGACUGUGAAGAUCAACUGAAGAAACUACGAGAGAGCGGAGUGAAGGGUCCUCUGUAUGGGGUCCCAGUGUCCAUAAAGGAGCAUGUUGGCUAUCAGGGUCACCCCUCCACAUGUGGCCUGGCUCAGUAUCUGGAUGUUCUGGAGGAGGAGGACAGCGUCAUCGUCAAAGUCUUGAAGAAACAAGGAGCCAUUGUGUUUGCCAAGACCAAUGUGCCCCAGAGCCUGAUUUGCUUUGAAACCAGCAACACAAUCUACGGACACACAAAGAACCCCCAUAACCCAGCCAAGGGGGCUUCUGGGUCCUCAGGUGGGGAAGGGGCUUUGAUUGGAGGAGGAGGGUCGGUUCUGGGACUUGGAACCGACCUCGGUGGCAGCAUUCGUCUCCCGUCCAGUUUUUGUGGGAUUGCCGGAUUUAAGCCAACAUCUCUACGGCUGAGCAUGAGUGGGGUCCGGCCCUGUAUCGAUGGGAUGACUGCAGUGCCUCUUUGCAUUGGUCCAAUGGCACGAGAUGUGGACGGUCUGGUUCUGGCUAUGAGAGCUCUACUGUGUGAUGAGAUGUUCAAACUCGACCCCAAUGUUUCCCCCAUCCACUUCAAUGAGGAGCUCUUCUCCAGCCAUAAACCUCUUCGUAUCGGAUACUAUGAGGAGGACGGCUUCUUCCUUCCUAGUCCUGGGAUGAGACGUGUGCUGCUGGAGACCAAGCAACUUCUAGGAGCGGCCGGACACCAGCUCAUCCCAUUCAAACCCCCUCGAGUAGAUUACGCCUAUCAGAUGUUUCUGAAAACCUCAAUCUUUGGCGACGGAGGGAAGACGCUGGCAGACAAGUUUAAGGAGAACAUUGUGGACAUCCACUUGGCUGAAAGCGCCUCCCAGUUCAACUUGCCGGCCUUGCUGACGAAAACCUAUUCCUUCCUCCUCCGGCCCAUAGCUCCCCGGAUCUCUAGAAUCCUCCACUCCGUUGCCGGACCCAGAUCUAUCAAGGAACACUGGAUGGACCAUGUGGCCCUGCAGGAAUAUCAGGCGGAGUUCAUCGGGGAAUGGAAGAAGAUGAAUCUGGACGUCGUCCUUUGUCCCAUGUUAGGCCCGGCCUUCAACAUUGGAUACCCGGGGAAACUUCUAGCUGCUAUCAGCUACACCAUGCUGUACAAUGUGCUCCAGUUCCCGGCCGGGGUGGUUCCUGUCGGUUUUGUCACCAAAGAAGAUGAGAACGCCCUGAGACAUUACACCGGAUACAAUGAUGACAGCUGGGACAAAUGCUUCAAAAAGGCGGUGGCGGACGGCGUGGGAUUGCCGCUGUCUGUACAGUGUGUGGCGCUGCCGUACCAGGAUGAGCUCUGCCUGCGUCUCAUGAAGGAAGUCCAGACCCUCCACAUGCGGCAGAUGAAGAGAUGAGAAGAGGACCUGUCUAUGAAUAAGUCUGUAGGCCGCCGCUGUCAUUUCAUGUUCUGCCCCCUGUUGGUAGAUUUGUAUGCGAUCGAUGUCUCCUCCAUGCAGUAAUUCUUCCCCUCCCCCCAUAAUUCCCGGUGAUGGCGGCCGCACUCCAUCCAUCCCGCCUGAGCCCCGGCGGACGCUGCCUUCUGAUUGGUGUUGGAAAUAAAGGAGUCAUUUUGCAA